CAAAAGCUAGAGGAGCGAAGCGGGCAAAAAAAUUCAUCAAACACACAACUGGAGAAAAACGUAAAACCAACAACUGUAGCCGGGGAGGUGCUGCAGACGCUGUGCCAUUACAUUCUCUCUCUCCGUCUCCGAUACGAUCUCCGGCCACCGCCGAGUGAAAGUUUGGAGAUUUUUAGUUUGAUAGAAGAUUGUGGGGUUGAAGAAGAAUGCAAUAUUGGCCUGAGAAGUUGCUGAAUCAAUUGAGGUUUUUUUGGGAGUGUGAGCUUUGAGUUGAGUCUCAGACACAACACCAAUAAUGGGCACUGUACACCGCAGUGGGGUUAAAAAAUCAAAUGACAGUGCCAGGCUUAUUUUCACUACAAUUUUGGGAGUUAUCUUUGGAUUUUUUAUUGGUGUAUCAUUACCGAUGGUUUCUCUAAGCAAGAUUAGGUUACCUUCAAGCCUUAUAACAUCUCUUGAUGUAGCCUUCACCCAACUACGUAGACCUAGUACUCCUUCCCCUUCAAACAAGAGUCUUGAAGAUGAAGGAUCAGAGGGUGUCCCUAAGAUAUAUGUUCCAACAAACCCACGUGGUGCGGAAACACUACCCCCAGGAAUUAUUGUUCCUCAAUCUGAUCUUUAUAUCCGGAGAUUGUGGGGUGAACCCAGUGAGGAUCUGAAAGUAACGCCAAAGUAUUUGGUAUCAUUUACUGUUGGUAUAAAUCAGAAAAUGAAUAUUGAUGCAGCCGUUAAAAAGUUCUCCGAGAACUUCACAAUAUUGCUUUUUCACUAUGAUGGCCGGACUAGCGAGUGGGAAGAGUUUGAGUGGUCAAAGAGGGCAAUUCAUGUUAGUGUGAAGAGACAAGCAAAAUGGUGGUAUGCAAAGAGAUUUUUGCAUCCUGAUGUCGUGGCAGCUUAUGAAUAUAUUUUCAUUUGGGAUGAAGAUUUGGGAGUAGAACAUUUCAAUGCAGAGAAGUAUAUACAGUUGGUCAAGAAAUAUGGUUUGGAGAUCUCUCAACCGGGUCUUGAGCCCAAUGAUGGACUGACAUGGGAGAUGACAAAGAGGAGAGGUGACAGAGAAGUUCACAAGGAUACAGAAGAAAAACCAGGCUGGUGUAGUGACCCACAUCUUCCUCCUUGUGCUGCAUUUGUGGAAAUAAUGGCCCCCGUCUUUUCACGGGAAGCUUGGCGUUGCGCAUGGCAUAUGAUCCAAAAUGAUUUAGUGCAUGGAUGGGGAUUGGAUUUUGCUCUCAGAAGAUGUGUAGAGCCUGCUCAUGAAAAGAUUGGUGUAGUUGAUUCACAGUGGAUUGUUCAUCAAGUAAUUCCUUCUCUUGGGGGCCAGGGAAAUCAGGAGGAUGGAAAAGCUCCAUGGGAAGGGGUACGUGAUAUGGUGAGAACAAGGUGCAAAAAUGAGUGGGCUGAAUUCCAGGCUCGCCUCCUCGGCGCAGACCAGGCAUACCUUGCUAAGAAAGGAAAGGGGUAAAUAUAUGUUUAUCCCGUUAAACAAAAGCCUCCACCCCCACCCGACCCCCAUGCAUCCCCCGUCUCGUUUUGUACAUGUUUUCACUCGGCCACAAAGGGGGUGUGUUGAAGAGUCCAAAUUCCUACUGUAAUACUUUCUCCCUUUGCUGAGAUGUAUCUUAAACGUUGUUAGUUUAUAAGAGGAGAGAAAUUUAGCCUGCCUGAGAUCGAUAGAGUCGAGUUUCUGCCUUGUUCUUUUUCACCAAGGUAUAGAAAUUUUACCUUACCAGUUUCUUUCACCAAGGGAAUUGUGGUCUGCGAAGGGAGUUGGAUUCCAAUUUUGUAUGGAUUCUGGAGUUAAACUAUUUAUAUAAAAUGCAGCGCAUCAAUGC